AUGGAGCAACCCAAGCCCUCGACCGCGCUGUUUGAUGUCUUCUUAAGACUCCGCCCUUCCGCUGCCAUCGACAAGGAGCGAUUUCUGGACGUCGAGCCGGGUGGCCUCUCAGCCCCAACCCACAUCACGAUCAAGUCUCCGACGGGCGAUACAAGAAAGAGAGCAGUUGAGAGAUUCGCAUUUACGAGAGUGUUCGAGGAGAAUGCUGGACAGCGGAGUGUUCGAGGAGAAUGCUGGACAGCGCGAACUAUUCGAGAACACGGGAGCCGUGGAUCUCAUUCGAGGCGUGUUGGGAGCACCUGGCAGAGAAGGUCGUGA